UUCAGCCCCAAGGAACAACCAUCCAUUCACUUCAUACAACCGCGCCAACCGCCUCAUUUGCAUAUAGGGACUUCCCCGUUCUGCCUUUGACAAGCGCUAUUCGUUUCCUUGUGUUAGGUGACACAUUAACUACCUGGAAAAACCCCUUACACUGCGAACACUUUCCAUUAGUAAGUUCGCGCUACUGCCAUAGCUCUUCACGUGCAUUUCAUGUGUUUUGGGAAAGAUAUGCAUGCACGUGUUUCUCCAAGGGACCUCGGAAAGACAUUUCGUCGGGAGUACACAGUGCGUCAGGCGGACGACGCGGCAUGGCUUGGUCCGACACAGCGGCCAGCUACGUCCUGCUGGUGGCCUCGCUGACAGUGAACGUGUCUGCGGCCUGCUUCUUCCUACUUCCCCCUGGUGUAGCGGCAGUUCUUAGGCGGGUUUCUCGGCGGUUCCCGUCGUCUUGGCCGUGUCAGGUUCUGAACAUGCAUGAGGACCACCCGUGGACACUUGGAAAAUAUCUGGUAGACCAGUUAUCGAGCUGUGUGCUGUGCCUGUGGGCGGUGUGUGCUCUGGCGACCACCGACGUGUUCCAACGACCGUUCCGCGGCGGCUUCUCCGCCAACGUCGCCGCCGUCUUCGCGGCAAACAUCGGACAUUACGUCUACAAAUGCUUCCAGGACUUCCACCUGCGUGACAACCUGCCGAAUUUCCGCAUCAACUUUCUCCAUCACGCCGUGACAGUCCUCGUGUACAUCGUCUUCUCCCUGUAUCAACAAAGCGGACUGUUUGGUCUACUCGGCGUCCUAUUCGAGGGAACAGUCAUAUUCUACGAGACUUCCAAACUAAUGCAGACGUUGGACGUGGAAAGGCACUCCGUCGUGUAUGGUGUAAACAUUGUCAUUGGAUCAGUUAUGACACUCGUCUUGAGAGGAGUCGUGCCCAUUGUAUUUUUCGUUCUUGCUUUCCGGGUAGCCUCGCCUUUUGAAAUGGACUACUUGCCACUGGCUUUUUAUUUCCUGAGUGUAAUUUUCUUUGCCAUCAUCAACAUAUGGCUGUUGAGGGCGAGUGUGUACUCAGUGAGAAGAUUCUUUGUGAAAAGAAAGCUGCAUAUUUAUGCUCAGGCACUCCAGCCACGGUCGUCUGUGAUAGUGAGCAACAGCAGCUCACGAUCUUCUAGCCCGGCUUCUUCCCUGCGGUCAACCCAAGGCUUACUAACUCUCGAGGAAGGUUUGUCUCCACCGGCUUCUGUCCGGAACACCCUGACGAAGAAGAACGACUUCGCUCGGCUGACUCCGGUCGCAAACGCGAACAUCAACGCGAAUGUCGGCGACGACCCACGCUAUCAGAAGUUCGUGAACACCAUGACAGAUGGCGCUAAGGACAUCACCCGAGUUCUAAUGAUGGAGACUUUAUACAUGUCCCGAUCUAUAAACACUGGUGAAAGAGUCCAGUACAAGAGACCUGUAAAUACAGUCAGUCGGGCAAUGCCAAUCGCUACAUCACAUCGGCCACACGUACAACCCCGAAAAACUACUGGUAUGUCCCGGGGCGGCCCAAGCACCAACGCGGGUGAGGCUACCGCCCGCCCGGCCCCCCAACACGACACAUGGCCCGUAACCCGAUUCCUGCUCAUAUACUUUCAACCAACAUUCCCUCACAGGCGCCUUCAAAAACACAUGUUGCGGUGA